CUACCUUUCAGAGGGUACCACCACCAGGUUAUGGACGCCCACCAAUCAGCAAUGAAGAGGGGGGGAAUCCUUACUUUGGAUAUUUUGGAUUUCAUGGCUUUGGGGGUCGCCCUCCUUAUUACUCAGAAGAGAUGUUUGAACAAGAUUUUGAAAAACCCAAAGAAGAAGAUCCUCCUAAAGCAGAGAGUCCAGCCGCCGAACCCACAGCUAAUGCAACAGUUACUGAGACUAAUUCUACCCAACCAAAUCCUAGAGGGACUCAGGGCAGAAAUGACACCAGCCCAACAGGAAAUGGUACCCCUGGGCCGAACACAGGGAAUAGCCCUACCACUCAGAAUGGGGUCACCCAGUCCCCUGCAGCUAAUGCUUCAGGCCAGGGAGUACCGGGAAGUCAAAUCCCACAGAGACCAAGUCAACCAAAUAUUCAUGAAAAUUAUCCAAAUCCUAACAUCCGAAAUUUUCCUUCAGGAAGAGAGUGGCAUCCCACUAGUACUGUCAUUGGGCAUGGACAGUAUGGGCCUUUUUACCGAAAUCAAGUUCAAAGGGGACUUGUAUGGAACUCCUUUACUUUGGAAGGUAGACAAGCAGCUCAGCCAGGAAAUCCAACUUAUCGCAAAGGUUAUUAUUUCACUCUGAGAGGCAAUUAUCCCAGUUAUGCAGGAAAUCCAGCAAAUUCCAGAAGAAAGCCUGAGGGGCCAAGUAAAAACCCUACGGGAACCAGUGUUGCCCCAGUUAGUCCCAAACCUACUACUGGUAGCAAUGAUGAAAAAAUCCAAAAUCCAAGGGAGAAGCUGGUAGGUCAAAAAGAAAGAAUAGCCAUUCCUACAAAGGAUCCAAUCAGUCCCUUGAGAAACUCUCAACAUUACGGAGUUAAUAAAUCAAAUUAUAAACUGCCUCGCCCUGAGGGUAACAUCCAAGUCCCAAAUUUUAAUUCUAUUGAUCAACGUGAACACUCUUAUUAUCCAAGAGGAUAUUUCAGAAGAGUUCCAAAUUCUGAUGGACAAACCCAAAGCCAGAAUUUGCCCAAAGGGAUUGCUUUAGAGCCAAGAAGAAUCCCAUAUGAAUCAGAAACUAAGCAGCCAGCAUUAAAGCACAGUAGAUAUCAGCCUGUAUACCCUGAGGAAAUCCCUUCUCCCACAGGAGAACAUUUUCCCACUGGAAGAAAUACUUGGAACCACCAAGAAAUCUCUCCACCUUUCAAAGAAGAUCCUGGGAGGCAGGAAGUACAUUCACCUCAUCCUUCCCAUGGCUCUAGAGGAAGUGUUUUCUACCCUGAGUAUAACCCCUAUGAUCCCAGAGAAAAUUCACCAUACCUUACAAGCAAUACAUGGAAUGCGAGAGAUGAUUCUCCCAAUACAAUGGGGCAACCAGAAAAUCCACUGUACCCCACAAAUACUCCAGAUCAGAAAAAGACAGUCCCUUAUAUUGAAGAAGGCCCAAUUGAUCCAACUGGAAAUAAACUUUUCCCAGGACAAAAUAGAUGGGGUGAGGAAGAGUUGAGCUUUAAUGGAGGCCCAACAGUUAGGCACUAUGAAGGUGAGCAAUAUAACUCAAACCAACCAAAGGAAUAUCUUCCCUAUUCCUUAGAUAAUCCAUCAAAACCCAGGGAAGAUUUUCCUUAUAGUGAAUUUUAUCCCUGGAGCCCGGAUGGGAAUUUUCCAUCAUAUGCUACAGCUCCUACUGUAUCACCACCUGAAGAGAGCAAGGGCUAUUACACUAAUAAUGCUGUUGGACAAGAGGAAAGCACUCUCUUUCCUUCCUGGAACUCCUGGAUUCAAGCCCAAGGUCAGAAAGAAAUAAGGCCAUAUUUUAACAGAAAUUUCUGGGAUCAGACAACAAACUUACACAAAGGCCCAGCCAGUGCACCAGACCAAAAAGAGAACCAGCCCUAUCCCAGUAACUCCCCAGCUGGGCUUCAGAAGAAUCCAACAUGGCAUGAAGGUGAGAAUUUGAACUAUGACAUGCAAAUUACUAGGUUAAAUUCACCAGAGAGAGAGCAUUUAGCUUUCCCAGAAGUAAUUCCUCAAAGUUACCCAUCAGGUCAAAAAGAAGCACAUUUAUUUCACAUAAGGCACAGAGGUUCCUGCUGUGCUGGGGGUUCCACAGGGCCCAAGGACGAUCCACUGGCUCUACAAGACUACACUCCAUCUUAUGAUCUUGCACCAGGGGAGAACCAAGACACCAGCCCUCGGUAUACAGAAGAUAGUCAAACCAAGCAUGCAAGCUAUAUCAUCUCCCCAGCAAGCAUCCUACCUGGUCAAAGAAACAGUUCCGAGAAGAGAGUGCCUGGGGAAAACCAAAACCCAAGUCCUUUUAGAGAUGAUGUGUCCCCUCUGAGGAGGAACACACCAUGUUCUAUAAAGGACCCAGUGGGCCAAAGCGGAAUUAUGCCCUUUCCUGAAGCCAGUUCCCUCCAAUCAAAAAAUACACCUUGUCUCAAAAGCGAUCUUGGAAGAGAUGGGAACAAUGUUCUGGAACAAAUUUUUGAAGGCAACCAGCUCAAUGAAAGAAAUGUUGACCUUACUCCUGAGCAACUUGUUAUAGGUACACCUGACGAAAGUGCCAAUCCAGAAGGCAUCCAAAGUGAAGUCCAAGGAAAUGAGCAUGAGCGGCAGCAGCAAAGACCAUCUGGCGUACUGCAGUUACCAUGCUUCGGCUCCAAAUUGGCAAAGCAUCACUAUUCCAGCACUGGCACUCCAUCUGGCAAUGGAAGGCAAGGACCAUUUGAUGAGGAUCCAGUUAUGCCUACUGAAAAUCCUAACACAUUAGUUGAGUUAGCUACUGGGGAACAAUUUAAGAGUAUAAAUGCAGACCUGCUUAAUGCAGGUGAAGACACUCCAUUUGAAUCCCUCCAAAGAGGGACCAAUUCACAGAACCAGGUACAAGACUGCUUACUACUUCAGGCCUAGGGAUUAUCUCAACCAAGCAUUCUUGGGGGAAAAAAAAUAACUGAUAUUCUAUACCAAUGGUUCCCAAACUCUUCUCCCCAAGACUCAAUUAUGUAUCUGACCCUCUUGAUGAUUCUUAAGAUUUUCUCCCUCCCAGCAAUAGGAGUAAUGGCCAGGUGGAGCUAAAUGAGAUUGGACCUCUGGAGGUCACUGGACCCAGCACUGUCACAAAUUUGUGCAGACCUAAAAAAAGCAGAAAGGCCAUAGCCAACCCUGCCUCAAAACUUGGAAGCCACUUGUCUGGGUUAGUUUCCUUUUGCC